UCUGCCAAGAGAAGCGCGUGUUUGACGCCGAGCUUGAAAGUGAAACUAGACCCUACACUGUGGCGAUCAGACUUCUUAUACAUAUUCUAUUCUGUAGUUGAAAUGGCGUUAGCAUGUCAGAGGAACAGUUACCUGAGAGAGUUAAAAUCUAAGGUGAAAAGUUGUGUACCAGUGGAGACCACACUUGUAACAAAUGGAAAAAAGGGCAAGGUCAAAGGUUACGAGGUCAUCUUGGAAGAUACAGUUCUAUUUCCAGAAGGGGGUGGACAGCCUGAUGACAGAGGAACUAUAAACGAUAUAGACGUCCUACGUAUUACAAGGAAGGGAGCAGAGGCUGUGCACUUUGUCAGCACGGAGAUCCCUGAAGCCACCGAGGUGGACAUGAAGGUGGACUGGACACGUAGGUUUGACCACAUGCAGCAACACACAGGUCAGCAUCUAAUCACCGCUCUGGCAGAACAGAUGUUUGGUUGUCCUACAACAUCUUGGUGUUUAGGAGAGAAGACUUCCUUUAUAGAGCUAGAUAUCCCGACCCUGACCGAAGAGGAUGUCGCCAAGCUGGAGGAAUCGGUCAAUGAGAACAUCCUAGCAGGGAUCCCUGUCACUCCUCAUGUGUUUGAAGAUAAAAAUGAUCCAAAGCUGAAAGAAUACCGAUGUCGGGGACUACCCGAGGACCAUGUUGGACCAGUGCGAGUAUUAGACAUUGAGGGGAUUGAUGGUGGCACCCUCUGUUGUGGAACUCAUGUGUCCAAUCUUUCACACCUACAGUUGAUCAAAUUUCUUUUUGCUGAAAAAGGGAAGAAAAACAAAACCAAUUUGCACUUUGUGGCGGGAUCAAGGCUCAGGAAUUACAUGACACGGAGUGUAAAGACAGAACGAUCACUAACAGGGCUACUCAAAGGUCCACUAGACCAACACUUUGAGUUAGCUGACAAGGCCGUGAAGGGAUUUAAGACAUGUCAAAAGAAUGUGUCCAACUUAUUGAAAGAUCUGGCAGUGUUGGAGGCACAAAAAUACAAGUCUCAGACAGACCCAGAUCCUCUGUUUGUGCUACACCGGAAGGAAGGGGACAUUGACUUCAUGAACAUCGUUGUACGAGAAAUCAACGACAAGGCGGUGAGCUGUCUGUUAACAGUCGGGGACGACAUGAAAGGAGCAGGUCUGUUCCUCCUGUCAGGAAGGGAGGAAAUCCUCAAGGAUGUGGGACCAAGGAUUGCAGAGGUCAUGGAUGGCAAAGGGUCAACGAACCGUGGAAAUUUUCAAGGAAAGGUUAAUAAACUAGGUCAACGACACAAGGCAGAGAAACUUUUCCGAGAGUUUCUUCAACCAACUCCGCAGCAGACUGUUAACGAGAAUUAAUACUGACUUUAAUAGUGUUGUGUGUGGUGUUUUAGUAUCACUUCUAACCUGGACUUAUUUACAUCUCCACAUAUGAUUGAAUACAUUGUUAUCACUGAGAGUGAAAGCUCUUUAUUUUCAACUUAAAUGAUUUUAAUCAUCUGUAGCCUUUACUUUUAUUUUUCUAUUAUUCUUAGUGAUCUGAAUCUAAGAAAAAUGCAGUUUCCUUGAAAUGUUUUGGCCAGUCACAGGCUAGGGUGGCAAUAUUGAUUUUCAAUAAGCUUGACCUAUAACAUCAUUUGAAGUGUGUCAACUGAAUAUGAUCAUUUGUAACAAUUUGCAGUUUUCUCCCCAAAAAUUGUUUGAUGCGCUAUGGUAACUUCCCUAGCCCAGCCCCCAAUUGCGGCGAGGCGUGGCAUAGCCGGCCAUUUCAGCGACACGAUCCAUUGAUCACGCGCUAUGCAGUUAAAAAGCAUAACAUAAGAAGAUAUAGCAAUGGACUGUUUUUAUUAGUCCUCUACCGGUGAAACCGGGGGGACUCUAGGUUUUGUCUGCGUCCGUCUGUCCGUCCGUCCGUCGCCAAAAUCUGCAGGUUAAGGUUUGGGUUAAAGUUUUGUAAUGGCUUACCAUUCGCUUAAUAAUGAUGUUAGGAUGCUGAUAUUCUUAGCAUAGAGGUUCUUUAGGGGUCUAGCAUUAAUGCUGUGGAUUGAAAAUGGAAACUAAUUUUAUUUUUUGGGGGAAUUUUUGACAUGUUUUGGACUUAACUAUCCUGGCCAAAAUCUUUAGGUUUAAGUUUGGGGGCCGGUAGGGGACAUGUAUUGAUUCAUCAAUACCCACAGAAUGCUUGUUAAAUAAAUAACAUAAUAAAAUACACAUAACAUUGCACACUCAAUUACAUUCCCUUUUCUGAUUCUUAAACAUAUUAUUAUAUAAUACUGACAUGCAUAUUUUACAGCAAAUUUGAGCACUACAACAAGAAGUUCAACUACCUUAUUCCAGAAACUUUUAAGAUAUAAAUUUGGAUUUUACUAAAAACACCUGAUAUGCAAACAGCACUACAUCUUAUCAAGACUCUCACUAAAACAUUUAACUAUAACACCCAAUAAAAGAUCCUUAAAAAGGAACAACACAGCACUACAAAAUAGCAAAAGUAUCAUGAUGAUCUUAAGAUUUUUUUUUUCUGAUUAACAUUCUAGAAUCUUAUGAAGAAACUUUCACACUUUACAAAAUUAAUUACUUUCUAUCUUUAAGGAAGUCCACUGAUUCAUUCAUUCAAAAAAAA